GCUCUCCGGAAUACCCGAUGAUUAAAUCCACAUUAAUUAAUUUAUAAGAAUAGUGUAACUAUACAAUUACUCAAACAUCACAUUAAAUAAAACAACAUCAUUUCUGAUUGGCUAAUGUCGGUCAACUGAUCAAAGGGCAAGAUUGCUUUGGUCUAAAUUCAAUAAUAAUAGUCAGAACUCAGUCAGUGUGAUUUACAAUGUGAAAAUAAUACUUUUAAUCAAUAAUAAAACAACACUGAUAAUAAUAUUAACGAAUAAUACUCAAAUAUAAAUAAAAUAAAAGUUACACUCAAACUCACACACUGUACAUCCAUGAAAAAGGUCCUGGAUGAUGGAGAUUCAAUUACAUUUUAAUUAAAUUCAAAUUAUUUUGUAAAACCCCAAAUCACAAACUCUCCUCAGGGCUUUACAAUCUGUAUACAUACGACAUCCCUGACCUUUGACCUCACAUCAGAUCAGGAACCCCCCCCCCCCCCCCAUGUUUUUGAACAACAAAGGAGGACCCUUCUAUCAAGAUGGACAGAAGAUGUCAUGUGACCAGAAUGACCAACAUAACAGAGUUAGAACACACGAUAUGACAUAAGUAAUCAGCAGCAGCAGUGGGCGUGACCUCUUGACCUGCUAACUGACCCCAGACCAGUGAAGUGAAGUUCAUGGCAAACAAGUCACAAUCUCUUUUCCAUCUCAGCCCUUGAAUAAAGAAAGAAGAAACAUCCCAGAUUCCUCCAGAUCUGGUCCGUCCGGUUGGGUUCCUCCCCUCGCUCUAAGAGUGUGAGCGCGCCGCACGGCGCCUCACACACCGCGGACGCCAUGGAGGCUCUGCUGCUGCUGCUGCUCGGCCUGUCGGGGGCCUCGCUCGGCUUCCACGGGGACAGCGUCAGCUUCACGGCCCCUCAGAGGCAGACGGACGGCUCGAUCCAGGUGACCUUCCACCGCAGACAGAAUGGGAGAAGCAGCUGUGAGACUCAGCCGUACACGUGUGAGGACGCGGCGUGCACGAGCUUCACGGAGUCCAGCAUCCUGCAGACGGACCUGGACGGCACCGGGGAGCAAAGGUGGUGCCAGACGGAGAGCCGAGUGGAGGCCUCCAUCUCCACCGGCAACACCUCCCUGUACCUGAGGGACUCGGGCUGCUGCUGGACCUCUAAUGUGGAAGGAAAGACGACCUGGACUUCCUCUGCAGUGCUGGACUUGGGCAGCCGGUCCGACUCUACCGCCCUGAACAGCUGCCCGGUGACGGCCACCGUGUCGUCUCUACGGGUUCCUCAGAACUGUUUCUCAGAGUUUCCACUUCUGGCCCACGAUCCCGACGGAGAUGUCGUGAAGUGCCGCUUCGCCUCCGACGCCACGCCUCCUGCCAACUUCGCUCUGGAUGAGACUGGGUGCAUGCUGACAGCUGACGGUCUGGUUGCCGUUGGCGACCACGUGUUUGAGCUGUUUCUGGAGGAUUUUCCACGUAAAACCAUCACGCUGACUUACGGCGACGGGACGUCGGUGCAGCGCGACGCCGCGGCGCCGCCUCUCUGCCGAGUGAAGCUGCAGUUCUCCAUCCAGAUCGUUGCUUCCAUCCCAAUCUGUGAACUGGGUCACGGGCGGCCCGUGUACUUGUCCCCGACGCCGUCCAAUGGGGACGUUCUCGUUGCCCCUGUGGGUCAGAACUUCCAACUUACUGCCCGGGCACAAGCCCACCACGCCAGCAUCCAGGACUUCCAGGUGAGCGGCCCCCACAGCAUGAGCAAAGUGUUCACAGACCAGCCUGAGGGACACGCCCAACUGACCCUGAGCUGGACCCCCCAGCCCAGAGACCUGUACAGGUCCGUGCCGGUCUGCUUCACGGCAGAGACCAAGGAAACACAAUCAGAUAUGAGGUGCGUCGUUGUCAUGGUGACACAAUCGCCUCUCACUCAAGGCAUGGUCACCGUCACGUGCUCCCCCAACAAGAUGGUGGUGGCCCUGGAGAAGGCCUCCAUGCCGGGCAUCGACGAGAACUUCCUGCAGCUCCUAGACUCGUCGUGCUCGCUCACCGCCAACGCCACUCACAUCGUGGUCGUCACGUCGUUCACCGCCUGCGGCACCAAACUCCAGGAACAAGGCGACUUUCUCGUUUUCAAGAACCAGAUCAAGUCCUUCGUGCUGCCGGGCGAGGUCAUCGUCCGGAGGAAGGAACUCAAGAUCGACGUCUCGUGCCAGUUUCCGAAGUCCGUCAGCAUCUCAAGCUACUUCAACAUCCACAAGUCGGACUACGUUUUCACCGAGUCCAACUUCGGCAGCUUCGGCUACACCUUUGAAAUAUUCACCGACGGCACCUUCACGAGCAAUGUGGCCCCCGGCGCCUACCCGGUGGAGGUGAAGCUGCUGGACAUGGUCAACAUGGGCAUCCAGGCAGAAUCGGAUCUGCCCAACGUCAGUCUGUUUGUGGAGUCGUGCAAAGCCACCCCGGAUGACAACCCGAACAACGCCAUCUUCUAUGACCUCAUCAAGAACGGGUGUCAACGGGACGAGACAUUUAAAAUCUACCCAUCCAAUCAGAUGUCAUACAACUUUGAGGUUCAAGUCUUCAAAUUUAGUGGAAACCUUGACCAGGUGUACGUCACCUGCUCCGUCAUCCUGUGCGAGACUGGGAGUUCCUUCUCCAGGUGUUCCCAGGGUUGUCUGACGGAUCCAUCCCGACGCAAGCGUUCGGUGACCAAGGAGACCGUCGGACACUCCAUUACCCAGGGUCCUUUGCGGUUUGUCAGGCAGGCGGUCUCCAAUGCCGUUGUGGAAGGUAGCGCCCCUUUGGUGAAACAGAUUGACCAGCCUGCUGCAGUGAAUCCUCCACCAGUGCAGCCAUACAUUAAAGUCAGCGGAGGAGGUCUGGGGUUCAAGGAGACCCUCAGCAUCAGCACUGCGGUCCUAGCCAGCACCUUCUUGGUGUUGCUGGUGUUGGCGUUUAUGGUCUUUGGCUACUUCAUCAGGAAGAGAAAAGACGAAGACCGCAGAUCUCUUCUAGUUUCAGGUUGGGAGAAGUAAACCCAACGAAGAUCACUUGCUAUUUGUUUUAUUGUGUUGAAUGAUUGUUUCACCUUCUUUAGAGGUCUGUCUUUCUAAGACAAUACUCACAUGUAUUCAUGUAUCAUCUCUUCUUAAAUGUAGGUUUGUAAUAUUGAGAAACUAGCAAAAGGUACGCAACAAAUAAAACAGGUAUCCAAGCUAUAA